AUGGACGGACUGUUACUGCCAGGAGUGCAGUGAUGCGUAUGAGAGGCAGGCGCUACAUUUCACCGUGGUGGGAGGGAGUUUGGUCGGAAGGAGUGCGGUCGGAGGGAGUGCAGUGGGAGGGAGUGCAGUGGGAGGGAGUGCGGUGGGAGGAAGUGUGGUGGAAGGGAGUACGGUUGGAGGGAGUGUGGUUGAAGGGGGUGUGGUCAGAAGUAGUGUAGUUGGAGGCGAGAAGCCUACAGUUGCCGCCAGCAGCAGCACCACAUCCCCUCUCCUGGAUGCUGAAUGCAAGGAGAAACCCGCAGUUCUCCUGCUGCAUGGCUUCUGCGCUGCUUCCUCCUUUUGGACCGACACCGCUGUGCCGUUUCUUCCCAAGAGCUUCCUGGAGGGCAGGCGAGUGGUGGCGGUUGACCUGCUGGGGUGGGGCAAGAGCCCCAAGCCGAGGGACUGUGAUUAUAGCAUUGAGGAGCACGUCAGCUGGAUAGAGCGCACGGUUAUCGCCCCACUUAACAUCUCCACCUUCCACGUUGUGGGGCACAGCAUGGGGUGCCUUGUCGGUGCAGUCUUGGCUGCUCGCAACCGGGACAGAGUGGUGUCUGUCUGCCUCUACUCCCCUGUGAGUAGCCCUCUUUCCCAGUAUCGAAAUAGCAGGUUGGUUAACAUGAUGCAAGAUUGGGGCCACAGCAUGGGCUGCUUGAUAGCUGCAGUUUUGGCUGCCCGCAACCGAGACCGGGUCGUGUCUCUCUGCCUCUACUCGCCUGUGAGUAACCCACUUUUCCAGUAUAGGAAUAGCAGGUUGGUUGGCAGGACGCAAGACGGGGAGCACAGCAUGGGGUGUUUGGUAGCUGCCGUUCUCGCUGCUCGCAACCGCCACAGAGUGCUGUCUCUCUGCCUCUACUCGCCUGUGAGUAACCCGCGCUUGUGGUAUUGGAAUAGCAGCAGGUUGGCAGGAGAUUGGGGCCACAGCAUGGGGUGCCUUGUCGGUGCAGUCUUGGCUGCUCGCAACCGCCACAGAGUGCUGUCUCUCUGCCUCUACUCGCCUGUGAGUAGCCCUCUUUCCCAGUAUCGAAAUAGCAGGUUGGUUAACAUGAUGCAAGAUUGGGGCCACAGCAUGGGGUGCCUGAUAGCUGCUGUUCUGGCUGCUCGCAAUCGAGACCGGGUGGUGUCUCUCUGCCUCUACUCCCCUCCAUUCAUCCCUCCCCAGCCAGGCCUCACACCAGCAGAGGAAUUUUACCGCCUGGUCACCCCGCGCUGCUUCUCCCCUGCACUGCUCAUGGGCGUCAGCGGCAUGUCAUGGUUCGAACACGUGCCCUUCAUACCCCCUCGACCAGGCCUCACGCCAGCAGAGGAGUUUUACCAGCUGGUCACCCCGUGCUGCUUCUUGCCCGUACUCCUCUUUGGCAUCAGCGUCAUGUCAUGGUUCGAGCACCCCUACAUCCCUCCCCGCCCAGGCCUCACGCCAGCAGAGGAGUUUUACCAGCUGGUCACCCCGCGCUGCUUCUCGCCCGUACUCCUCUUUGGCAUCAGCGUCAUGUCGUGGUUCGAGCACGUGGGCCGAGUCAUCUGCGCCUUGUUGUCGCAAUUCCAUUGGCUCUCAGAUUCGCUUGCGUUGCUGCUUCUGCCCCGUGUGAAAUCCAACGUCAUGUCGUGGUUCGAGCACGUGGGCCGGGUCUUUUGCGCCAUGCUGGCGCAAUUUCAUUGGCUCACGGACGCCCUCGCUGCUCUGCUGCUGCCCCACGUAAAUGCCAAAUGA